AAAUAUUUGUUUCCUUCUUUAAAUUUUUUUUAUAAUAUAGCUUUAACUUUGUAAUUAUGUUUAGGCAGAGAGAGAGAGAGAGAGAUACUCACUGCUGACCCCUGGUGGUGACAACAGGUAACUGCACCAGACUAACGAGUAGAAAAGGCACACAAACACGUUUCAAUGUAAAAUAGCUUUGAACCUGUCAAAUUAAACUGACAUUAUUUAAAAUCAAGAUUUCUUGUUCAGUAUGAAAACCAGAGAAGUACACAAGUAGAGGAAAGUACACACAAGUACACAUAUUGAGAAACGCCGAAAGGGUGCAUGAAGGACUCAAAUGGUUCGAACACUUGGCAGUCUGACAGCGAGACGACCACCAUGAGAACCAGCUGCGAGUCUCUUAACACGGUCCUCCUCUGACCCAAGCCCGUUGGUUCCUACUGAUCCAUUCAGUAAUAAUCAGGAGGAAUGUGUUUACAUUCUUUACUUGAUGGGACAAAGUAUGGAUUCAUUAAAUAAAGUCGGACAGAUUUCAGUUUCCUUCAGGAAUAAGCAGCAAGCCAAAGAAACGGUGACAUCCAGCUCGAGCUUCUCGUUGAUCACGUGUUGGUGACGUCAGAGCAGGCGGGCUCACGUCGGACACGCACCCCCGCGCAUGCGUAGUGCGCAGGUGGACUCUGGCUCCUCUCCAGCGAGCCUCUGUGUUGUCUCCGUGUCUCCAGGAGAAAUGCUGAGACUGUUGGUGAAGCAGCAAGUCGACGCGGUCGUUGAAGAGGCUUUUGUGCUGAUGGACACAUUAACAGCAGCUUAUGAGGACACCGUGUCUCGUCUCGGAGAACAUGAGCUACACACAUCAGAUGUCCCCCCUGAGGGCCUGGACCAGGACCCGGAGGAGCCGGAGCCCCUCCACGUAAAAGAGGAGCCAGAGCCCCUCCACAUGAAAGAGGAGCCGGAGCCCCUCCACAUAAAAGAGGAGCCGGAGCCCCUCCACAUGAAAGAGGAGCCGGAGCCCCUCCACAUGAAAGAGGAGCCGGAGCCCCUCCACAUAAAAGAGGAGCUGGAGCCCCUCCACAUAAAAGAGGAGCCGGAGCCCCUCCACAUGAAAGAGGAGCCGGAACCCUCCACAUGA